AUGUAUGGUGAGAAUAACAAUAGUAACCUCCAAGGAAAAGAAAAGAUUGGCGAAAAUGGUUAUUGUGAAAGAAGACCCGAUGAAGAAAGGAUUAAUGAACUAAUAGUACCACAUGGUGAGAAUAACAAUAGUAACCUCCAAGGAAAAGAAAAGAUUGGCGAAAAUGGUUAUUGUGAAAGAAGACCCGAUGAAGAAAGGAUUAAUGAACUAAUAGUACCACAAAAUCUUUACUCGGGGAUUAAUUUUAGUUUGGAUAGUCAGGGUUUACAUUUUUUGGAGUUUUUCAAAAUUAAGGUGUCUACACUUAUAACAGUUGGACCACAGUCAUCUAACUACUUACUAAAAACAUUCAUUCCCUUAGCAGUAAAUAGUGAACCCAUUCAAUAUGCUUUAGCUUCAUGGGGUGGUAUGUUCAUAGAUGGGAAGCCAAAUAUUCAUAAUUACCAGGUUUAUAUGGUCAAGGCGUCGAAGCUUCUUUUAAUGGACUAUGACAUGUCAACAGUAUUCAGUAAGAAGGAUUUUUUUGUUAUCUUAGGUUUCUUUUUAAUUGCCAUGUCAAUUGAGAUAUGCUCAGGAGAUGUCUCUCGAUGGGAGACUUUCCUUGAACAAUGUAAAAAUUUAAUAAUAAGACAAGGCGGUAUUAUCAAAAUUUUACAUGACUUUCACUUUAGUAAUGAUAUUAAGUGGAUGAUCUCAAAUCUACAAUUUCAUGACAUUUUGUCAUCAGGUACAUAUUUGAAUGGUAGUAUAUUGAUGGAUGAAUACAAAACUGUUUUUAGAACUGGUAAAUUGCUAGAAACUGAUAACUAUGGUAUAGACCCAUAUCAGGGGUGUAAUCAGCCAAUCUAUUUGCUACUUGGAGAUAUUGUGAGUGAAAAUGUUAUAAUUAAACAAAAACGAAAGCAAUUGCAAGCUGAUUUACAUAAACUUCACGAUGAUAAAUCACAGAACCCAUCUUCAUUUGACACACAUUGCAAUAGUUUUAGCUCGAAAUUAAGAAUCACAUAUUACGAAUAUAUAAAUUCCAGUGUAAAGAAUUUGAGAGAAGAGGUUGAAAAAUGUCAGCCACAUGAAUUACAAAUAUCGCUGGGUUUAUCUCAAGAUGAAUUAGAAGCUCACCUAUCCUUAUUUAACUUAAUAAAAUAUUCAUGCGAGCUAUUGCUUCUUCAAAUAGAAAUGAUACCUCCCUCUUCAUAUAAACUGCAAGCUAUAUUGAUGCAUGCCUUGGAUCAUAUAAACAGCAUAAUUGAUACUCGGAUGAUUCCGUGCCUCGGUUUUCCUUUACUCAUGUGUGGGAUGGUUGCUUAUAAAAAACAAGAUCAGGAAGUUAUGAAGAGGCAAAUAGAGAAGCUUAUGCAAACAUAUUUUGUAGGAAAUAUGGAAAAAAUAUACUGCAUAAUUAAGGAAGCUUGGAAGAUGAAUACGGAUGGGAAUUUAUGUUUUGAUUGGGCAGAGAUUGCCAACGAAAAAGGGUGGCUGUUAUUUUCUUGUUAG